AUGUCGGGGGCGGCGCGGCUGCCCGGCCGAGCGGCCACCCACCUGCUGCCGCCGCGUCCUUACGUAAGAUCGGCCAGGCGCAGGCGCAGCCGCAGCCGCAGCCGCAGCGGCCUCAGACGCGCCACAGCAGAUAGAAAUUCCGUGCCAGAGACGAGAAAGAGAAAGAGCGCGAGAGAAAGAGAGACGGAUGACCUUGGGGCGCGAGUUAUACCGAUGGCGCGGGAGGUGAACAAACGCGGCGAGCGGCCGCGCUCGGCUGAGCUCGGCGUAGCUCGGCGGGACUCGGCCGCAGCCGUAAUGCAGGCCCCGGGCGGGUCGCGUCCGCGGCCAGAGGAAUGCGCCUGCGUGCCGCGGCGGCAGCCGCAGCCACGGCAGCGCUGGGAAACUGGCGGCGCUGCAGAGGCGCCGGCGCACAGCAGUGCAGUUUACUUCAAUGCUGGCGCCAGCUCUGCUCCCUCCGACCCCGGCACCACCAGCUCACCCGCUCUCUGUGCUGGUGACACCUCUCCAGCAGCACGUGCCUGCCCAGUUCUGGCCCGACAGGCAACACUCUCUCUGGCCUCCAGCGCCCUUGCAUCGGUGAUGCAACUGUGCUCGCGUCGGGCCAGGGCCGGCAGCAGGAGGCGAGCCGAGGCCGUGGCCGCCGAGCUGGCAACGCCGGCAUGCCUGCCGCCCGCCGCCCAUUGGCCGCCGCAAGAAUGCCCCCCGCCACAGCCCGGGCCCGGGCAGGCAGCGGCCGCCAGCACGCAGUCGCUUCUCGCGCUACGCUGCGGACCCAGGCACCGCGCGGCACGGCACGGCACGACCACGACACGACCACUGCAGGACCGCCGCCGCUACGACGACCGCGCGCCGCCCGCUCCGUGCGUAAGAGUUCGGCGAACGCGACCGCGCCGCGCAGCCGCGUCUUCCGCGCUGUCCACGGGCCAUCGGCCAGCAGGCAGCUCCGCGUGGCGCCGCGCCGUCGCGCCGGCCACCGCCGAGGACAAGAUUGCGAGGGGAACGGUGCCCGUGCAGUCGAGGUCGGCUGCGUGGUAACCGUCUUCAC